AUGGCAAACGAACAACCCUCACUCGAACAACUACAGAGUGACUGGAAGCACAUGUUCCAGCAAACCCUGCCCAAAGCAGCGACCUCUAAAUCACCUUCUCAGCCUACCUGGUCUGUCCACGUCGACCACUGUUUCGCGCGGAUCAUCCUCGACUCCGUCGUCGGCGUCGAUAAGCCUUGGAUGGAGAAAAUCAAAAGUCCAGCGUACAAGAACAUGUCACGCGAGCAGCUGGAACAAAGUAUUGAGCUUGGACAGAAGAUCUUGGACGGGGAUGUAGAUUUGGUGGAGCUUGAUGAUAGAAGUUUGGAGCUUAGGGGAAAGGUGAAGCGGGGUGGGAAGAGGAAAUCGGGUAGCGUAAAUGAUCUGGACAGCACGGAACCGGAGCCGAAAAAGAGGAAGAAAUUAUCAGAAUCAGAUUUGGAAUCUCCGAAGUCUGUUGGAAAGGCAUCUUCCCUGGAGAAGAUUGAACUCUCGCUAGAGCCAGUCGCUUCAAACCUUGAGCCAACCUCCAAUGUCCUUCAGAAAGAAGAUCUAACCCCCUAUCUCAAGAAAAUAGCCCUCUCACAAAAGACCGCUUUCCAGAAGAAAGUUCUUACAGCUCUCUGCCAAGUCCCACGAGGCCGAUUCACAACCUAUGGCUGUAUGGCGAAACACCUCUCCUCGUCAGCUCGAGCAGUAGGCAAUGCACUGAGGAAUAAUCCCUUUGCGCCAGAAGUGCCUUGCCACAGAGUAUUAGCUACUGGCGGCGGAUUAGGCGGGUUCCAUGGCAGCUGGGGAAGGAAAGGAGAGGCGGGGCUGCAUGAUGAUAGGAAGAGGAGAUUGUUGAGGGAGGAGGGUGUGAGGUUUGAUGGAAAGGGGAGGGUCGUUGGUACUCCGUGGGAGGGGUUUGUUUGA